AUGGUCGUAUGGCUACGGCCGGAAUACAUCCUGGCAUUUGUUACCAGUUUGUACUAUUGCUCUCAAUUAGUUCUGUCAAAAACUUAUGAUAAAUUUUGGUGUGCAACUGCAGAAGGUCGCCAUGAAAUAUCUUGCUUAGAUAACAGAGCAUUAUUAACUGAUGUAACAAUAAAUAAAGUUUAUCGACGUGGACAAUCAUGUGAACCUGAAUUUCACUCUGAGUAUCUUGUUCAUUGUCAAUCGUAUAUUGAUGGUUCCGCAUGCGAAGGCAAUAAAACGUGUAUAAUUGAAAUAUCCAGCCGAAAUUUCUUACAUUGUGAAGAUAAAAUAUAUACACCAACGUAUUUCAAUAUAAAAUAUACUUGUGCACAAAUUCAUACAAUGUGUACAGAUACAGAAACCGUUCGAAAUACAUUACAUGGAUUUAUUUUAUCGCCAGGUUAUCCAUAUCCGAUGGCUGAUGAUCAAAAAUGUUCGAUUACCAUUGAAGUUGAUCCAUCGAUGUAUAUUGAAAUAUCCCCAAUUCAAGUACAUCUACAAGAAGCAAUUAAAUGUCGCGGAGAAUACAUUGAAGUACUUGGCUACAAUCAACCUACGGACGAUAAUAGUAUCGGUAAAAGCGAUAAUUGGAAAGAAUAUCACACAUGGUGUGGUUCUGACCAUUCAGCAAACAAUCCAUCGUCUAAUGCACGCUAUCUUAUUCCAUCGAAUUUAUUAUAUUUAUCAUUGCAAACAACUAACUCUAGGGAGUCAAGAUAUUUUAAAAUUCGAUAUAAAGUUGUUCCACCUACUGCACGCUGGCAAUAUAAUUCGGAUGGAGCUCCUAAUGAUGUAUCCAUCACACUACAUAAGCCUUCACUAAUGAUACCAACAACAGCUAUUGUUGCAACUAAAAUAUCAAAAUCAUCAUUGCAUAAUAGUGAUGUCAGAAAUUCAAAUGAAACAUUAACAAAACGAACAAUGAACACAGAAAUUCUUAUUGGAAUUAUUGCUGUUGUGAUAGUUCUUCUCAUUUCAAUUGUUGUUGGUGUUAUUAUAUUUAUUUUGAUCAAAAGACGUCGAUCUUCCUCUGCAUCCAAUUCAAGAAAGAAAAAUUCGCCUUCAACGAUAAGUAAUACUGCAUCUAAAACAACUGUUAAAUCACCUGACAAAGCACCACUACUGGAAAAAACAAAUAAUUCAUCUUCAAAUAUGACAAAACAAAAGUUAGUUCCUGAACGAACCGUACAAAUAGCAGAUGUUACUACAUCUCGAUUUAAACCUAAUGAAUCAUCCGAUAUCAAACCCGGUUUAACAAACUCCGAAAAUCCACCAUCUAAACCACCAUUAACUGCCGUUGACAGUGGUAUUUAUGGUGUUGAUCUACCUCAAGAUACAAUUAUCGUAUCGAAAUCUCCAUCGCCACCAUCAUCCGAUCAAUUGAAAGUUAAUUUUGCUGAUUUGCCUGAUGUAAUUGAAUCAUUACCAACGGUUGCUGUUAAUCCGCUAAGUGAAGAUUCAAUCAUCGCUACACCAAUAAUUUCGAAUGAAGUUGAACAAAAUGAAUCUUUAACAAAUGACAAUGAAGAAAAACAAACUCUUUUAAAUAGCACCAUUCAGGAAAAUGCUUGUUCCCAGUUAAUUGAUAUCGCAUCAAGCGAAAGUGAUGGAACACUUUGUGGUAGUGGAUUACAAUCAAGACGAACAUCAGUUGCAAAUCAACCAUUAGAUUUUCCAGAAACAACUGACAUAGAAACAGCUGUUAUAUCCGAUGAGACGCAAUCAUACGUACGCCAUCCAAUCCCAUUCAAUCCUUUACACGUGAUAUUACAAAAAGAUGCGAAUAAAUAUUAUACAACAGAAUAUAUUUAA